AUGUCAACGUGUAUUAUUAUCUGGCGAUAUUUAGCUAUUCUAAUACUUGCUGUUUGGUUGUCAACAAUUUGUCGACCCUUAUUAGAACUUUUGGUUAAUCAUUUACCAUUGGUUAAUCGUUGUCGUGAAAAACGAUCUCGUUCAGCAGUAGCUGCUACAUUAAUAGUUUUCGUUGUUCUUCUAUUAAUCAUACCAAUUAUUGUAUUAUGUAUUGUAUUAAGUAGCUCAACAAUGGAUUUAGUUAAAAAUCUCUCAAAUUCAACAACUGUUCGUAGUGCUAUUAAUUUAAUUGUACCACCGAAUGAACAAAAAUCGAAUACAUCAUUAUUAGAUUUUACAAAGAAAACAACAAAUACAACAACAUUUAUUCAACGUCUGUUAUUAGAAAAAGAAACGAUUACAGAUUUUCUACAAUUAUUUGGUAUUAAAGCAUUGAGUAUUUUAUCAACUCUGGCAGGUGCAAUAGCACAAUUUGUUAUUGGAAUAUUAAUUUUUCUUGUUUCAACAUAUACAUUUCUAUUACACGGUGUUGAUUUGUGGGAAUGGAUUAUUCAUCAUAGUCCAUUAUCAAUGAAACAUAUGAACCGUUUAAAACAAGCAUUUCAUGAAACUGGUCGAGGUCUAUUAAUUGGUGUAUUUCUCACAUGUCUCGCACAAGGUGUUGUCGCAGCAAUUACUUAUCUUUGUUUACGUAUUUCACGUUGGUAUGCUUUAGGACUAUUAACAGGACUUUGUUCACUGAUACCUAUUGUAGGAACAGGACUCGUUUGGAUUCCAAUAACCAUUGGACUAUUUUUACAAGCACAAUAUACUCGAGGUACAAUUCUCAUUGUUGUAGGUAUUUUGGGUAUCGGAUCUAUUGAUAAUCUUCUUCGACCAUUAUUUUCAAAAAUGGGUUCAUUACAAAUGUCAACAUUGGUUUUACUUCUGACAAUUUUUGGAGGAUUAGAACUUUUGGGUCCAUGGGGUGCUCUUCUUGGACCGUUAAUUGUACGACUGGCAACAGAAACAUUGGUGCUUGUGCGUGAAGAUGAGGAUGAACAAGAACAAUCAAUUGAAAACUAA